AUGACAAGUGAGGAAGUCGACAACCUGUGUUCAUACUGUUUGGCGGUGGUCCUCGGCUUAACUGUCCUGUUGCUCCUCUCGUCGAGAGUUCGUUUCUACCUGAAGAUGUUCCUUUAUCUGACGUCAAUGAUAAUCAGUGGAGCCGUUGGUGGGAUUAUUAGCAUACCAUAUGGCCGAUCACCUGAUAAUCACUAUCGAAUAUUUGGUAUUUUCCAAUACUUGUGCUCGUUUUUACGACUUCAUUUCACCUUACGGAACAAGCAUUAUAUUGAUAGUGAUAAGCCGUUCAUCCUAAUCGCAAAUCAUCAAAGCGCUUUCGACGUACUCGGAAUGACAUAUUGUUGGCCAGAGAAUUGCGUUGUGAUGCUAAAGAGCAGCUUGAAGUUUUUGCCAGGAUUUAAUCUGUCUGCUUAUAUGUGCCAUUCAAUUUUUAUCAAUCGUUUUAGUAAAGAAAAAGCUCACAAAGCUUUAGACUCAACUUUCGAUGCCAUCACCAAGUAUCAGCGAAAAGUUUGGAUUUAUCCUGAAGGUACGCGAAAUGCUGGCAAUGUUAUGCUGCCUUUUAAAAAAGGAGCGUUUGUUCUUUCAGUGGAAGCCAAGGUUCCUGUGAUAUGCUGUGUAUUUUCCUCUCAUAGCUUCUUUUACGAUGCUGCUGCGCGGAGGCUUAGCGGUGGCGAGUGUUUGGUUGAGUUUCUACCUCCAGUAGAUCCGUCCAAGUUUAAUGGGGUCAUAGAGCUCAGUGAUUACUGUUGGAAUAUAAUGAUGGCUAAGUAUGAAGAGCUCAAUAAAGAGCUAAGCAAUAAGUUAUCUCAUAAAGACAACUAA